UCUCUUUUUUUUUUUAACCUUUUAAACACACAAACACUCACAUCCAUCUCUCAUCUUCUUCAUCUUCAUCAAGCUCAUGGACUUCGACCCCUCAGGAAAAGAAGCUAGUGUGAAGGAGACAAUUUUGAUGGAAUACGAUGAAGAGAACAACCAACUCGACGUAGAAUUUUGUCCGGUUGAGCAUCCGGUUGAACCGGAAGAAGAAGAUCACCCGGUUAAAUGUCCCGUACCAAUCUCAUCUUCUCUCCUCCGCAACUCAAACGAGAAAUCAAAACCGGGUUGGGUUAAACACAGAGCCAGCUGCGACACUCCGGUUUAUCCACCGCCACGUCAUGUCCGUAACGUAAGGAAGAGACACAACUCGUUCGUUGAAGAGAAGAACAGUUUCUUCACGAGAUCUAUGAUUCCGACAUCGACUCUCCUGUCUCAUGAUGACGAAAUUACAACGUCUACAAGAUCCAACGUUACAAUCUACCGAGCUCUUCAACAAGUUCACGAGUUCGAACCAUGAAAUUUUAAUAUCUUUGCGUUGAGAUCGUUGAGAUGUUUUUCUUUUUGCCUGAGAUUUGAUAUUUCGGUAUACUUGUUAUUUAUUUGGUGAUAAUCGGUCCAGUCAUCUUCGGUCCGGUCAUA